AGGAAGUUCCUUGUAUUUAAAUUCGUCCACUGUGUUUAUAUAGAUCGUAGUGAAAAUGUCAAAAAUAUGGAUUUUUAUUACAUUAUUAAUUUACAGCAAAAUUACAAAUGCGUCUGUAGGCGACAGAUCUCAAUUUUAUAGUAAUUGUAUUGAUAAAUGUCGAGAUAUAAAGUGUGAAAAUGAUGUAGAUUACAAAGAAAAUCUACCCUUGGAUUUAAGAUUGCUACAUUGGACUUGCAGGGAAAAUUGUAGUUACUUUUGCAUGUGGAAAACCGUCGAUUUUUUCUCAUCCCGUGGACUAUCUGUGCCACAGUUUCAUGGAAAAUGGCCUUUCGUUAGGAUUUUUGGACUUCAAGAGCCUGCAUCGGUAUUAUUUUCAAUUUUAAACUUUUAUGCUCAUGUUACUUAUUAUUUAAAAUUCAAGAAAGUAAUAAGGUCUACAUCUCCGAUGUUUUUUAUUUGGACAUGGUUUACAGUAAUCUGCUUACAUGGAUGGUUUUGGUCAACAGUUUUCCAUGCUCGUGAUAAAGAUUUUACCGAAGUUAUGGAUUAUUCUUGUGCGUUUACUAUAAUGCUCACCUUAUUAUACUGCCUUCUAUUAAGGAUAUUCUAUAGAGAAACAAUAAUGCAUAAAGCAUUUAUAACUAUAACCAGUAUUUAUUUUAUUGUUUUAUAUUCGCAUUUAACUCAUCUUUGGUCUGGUCAUAUUAACUAUGAAUAUAAUAUGAAAUUCAAUGUUUUAGUUGGAUUUUUAAUAUUUGUUAUGUCAAUGAUUUGGUGGUACAACAAUUCCACAAAACUGCCGCAUGUCCAUUUAAUGGGCUGGUUUACUAUAUCGACAGUAACGGUGUCUCUAUUGGAAAUAGCAGAUUUUCCUCCAAUAUUCUGGUUAUUCGAUGCUCAUUCCUUAUGGCAUGCUUCCACUAUUCCAUUAGUAAAAUUAUUAUACAGAUUUGCGAGUUUAGAUUGCCAGUACCUAAGGAGGCAAUACUCGAAGCUAGAGGACGAUAGACUGUGAUAAUAAAUUUGUAAAACAUUGAGAAUAAGUUUUUGUAGAAAAAAUUUAUUUUAAGAGAAUAAUAAUGAUAAUAUACAUAAGUUUUCGUUUGUAUAUAAGGUAAUACCUUAG